AGAGAGCUCUGCCUCUGAGGAAGAGAAGAGAACCACUCUGGCUUCGUUGGCGAUCUCUAAGCAGAGAAAACGAGAAGUGGAGCGAAACGGACCGCUUAUGAUUCUAGAUCUGGGUUUUGCCUGUGAAGUUAGGGGAUUCCUUUAAAAAGGUACAAAAAACGACGCCGUGGGGGAAUUCUUUGUUGGAAUUCAGGAAAUUUCAUGGUGUACGCUGAAUUUAACCUUUGAUUGCUGAAAAUUUCGGUUAAAGUUCAAUUGGGCAAAAUAAAGCUUGGAUUUUGGUUUUAGUAUGCUUGAAUUAGGGCUUCAGGAGGCUUAAAUUUAAAGUUUUGUGGAUUUUGACGGUGUAGUUUGGUCCCUGAAGGAUUGGGAUUGUUAGGUUGUGUUGAUAGACAUCGAUUUCAAUGAAUAAUAAUAACCCCAAGAAGAAUGUUGGGGCGCCAGUCCCUUUUGGCAACUCUGGGGCAGUUCCACAAUCUAUGCCCGUGAACCACCAACCCCCCCAUCUGCUCUCUCAGUCACAAGCUCAGAGCCAAGGGGGGUCUCACUUUCCGGGCCACUUUCAGCUGUCUGAGCCUCAGACUCAGGCACUUGCGUAUGCGCAGGCUCAUGCUCAAGCCCAAGCUCAGGCUGCCCAUGCCCAAUUCCAAGCUCAGUUACAAGCUCAAGCCCAGUUGCAUACGGGAAAUACUAGUAAUUCAGGCGUACCAACGCCUUCUGUUUCGACGCCUGGUACUGGGAGUGCGAAGAGGACAGCUCAAAAGCCACCUUCUCGGCCUCCGGGUUCAUCCAAUGCCAACGCAGGUUCACCGUAUAAGACCAUGGAGCUGACCCCAGCUGCCCGUAGAAAGAAGCGGAAGUUACCGGAGAAGCAAAUACCGGACAAAGUGGCUGCACUUCUGCCAGAGUCUGCUCUUUAUACUCAAAUGCUUGAAUUGGAGGCUCGGGUUGAUGCUGCUUUGGCAAGAAAGAAGAUUGACAUUCAGGAGUCCCUUAAAAGCCCUUCCCGUGUUCAGAAAACACUCCGGAUUUAUGCUUUCAACACCUUCUCAAAUCAGACACAAACAAGUCCUGAGAAGAAGAAUGAAGAGCCUCCUUCUUGGUCACUUAAGAUAAUUGGGAGGAUAUUGGAAGAUGGAAAGGAUCCUGUGCUUGCUGGAAUGACGCAGAAAACGAGCUCUUCAUACCCAAAGUUUUCAUCCUUUUUCAAGAAAAUUACCAUAUACUUGGACCAAAACCUCUAUCCAGAUAACCAUGUUAUUCUGUGGGAGAGUGCUCGGUCGCCUGUUCUUCAUGAGGGAUUUGAGGUGAAGAAAAAAGGGGAUAAGGAAUUCACUGCAAUAAUAAGACUGGAAAUGAACUAUGUUCCUGAGAAAUUUAAACUUUCAACGGCUCUGACUGAAGUUCUUGGAGUUGAGGUGGAGACACGCCCGAGAAUUAUUGCUGCUAUUUGGCACUAUGUGAAGGCCAGGAAGUUGCAGAACCCUAAUGAUCCUUCCUUCUUUGUAUGUGAUCCACCUCUUCAGAAAGUGUUUGGGGAAGAGAAGAUGAAAUUUGCUAUGGUUAUGCAGAAGAUAUCGCAGCAUUUGACGCCCCCACUGCCUAUACAUUUAGAGCAUAAAAUCAAGCUUUCAGGAAAUUGUCCUGCUGGUAGUACUUGUUAUGAUGUACUGGUUGAUGUGCCUUUUCAAUUAGAGAAGGAAAUGUCUGCCUUCUUGUCAAACAUCGAAAGGCACAAAGAGAUUGAUGCUUGUGAUGAAUUGAUUUGUGCUUCUAUAAAGAAGAUUCAUGAGCAUCGUCGGAGGCGGGCUUUCUUUCUUGGGUUUAGUCUGUCUCCAGCAGAAUUUAUUAAUGCUUUGAUUGCUUCUCAGAGCAAGGAGCUAAAGCUUGCUGCUGGGGAUGCUAGCCAUAAUUCAGAAAAAGAGCGCCGUUCUGAUUUCUAUAAUCAACCAUGGGUUGAAGAUGCUGUUAUUCGUUACCUGAACCGCAAGUCUGCUGGAAGUGAUGCUCCUGGUAGCACUUGAGUGAGGAUUUGUUGAAUUGUUAGCAUCUGGUUUGCAUGUUUCGUGUCAAUAUUUCUAACAUAAUCCCCAGAUCCUCUUUUUUUUUUUUUCCUUCUUAUUUGAUAUUCAAUUCUUCCUUUUUCCUCCUAGGAAUGUAUGAGAUGCUCUAGACAUAGAAAAAAAAAAUUUCUGUGGUUCAGGCUAGUUAAUAUUAUGAAAUGUGCUGGUUGCUGGUUCAAGGCUGCACACAUGGUUCAAUACUGAAAGCCUGGAUUGCUUGACCUUAUCUUGUCUUUUGGCUCAAGGUUGCUCACAUUUGGUUGCUGGUUCAUUCAACUACAGAAAACCUUGCCAGUC